CAAUCCAAAAACAGUGACUGCGGUUGGAACGGGAACGACUGUUCAUCCGAAUCUAAUAGAAACAUGGAUGGGGCUGAUUCCUUAACAAUGGUGGGGAAACUCAAAGUGGAGAAUCUGAAUCCAUAUGAGAUAGCAGCAAGAGAGAAUGGAGGAGCAUACGAGUGAGUUGAGGAGGGUUUGUGUUACUGGAGCAGGAGGUUUUAUUGCUUCCUGGCUUGUGAAGCUUCUACUCUCCAAGGGAUAUAAGGUUCACGGCACCGUCAGAGAUCCAAGCAGUGAAAAGAAUGCCCAUUUGAGGAAAUUGGAUAAUGCCACAGAGAAUCUACAACUGUUUAAGGCAGACUUGCUUGACUACAAUGCCAUUGAGGCAGCCAUUUUUGGGUGUGAAGGAGUCUUCCAUGUUGCUAGUCCUGUUAUUUUAAGUGGAAUUUCCAAUCCAGAGGUAGAACUAAUAAGACCAGCUCUUCUGGGCACUAGAAAUAUAUUCAAAGCAUGCUCCAAGACAAAUAUAAAAAAGGUUGUUGUUGUUUCUUCUAAUGCUGCUAUCGCGAUUAAUCCAGAUUGGCCCCAUGGUACUAUAAUGGAUGAGAGAUGCUGGUCAGACGAGGAUUUUUGCAGGGCAAGUGAGAAAUGGUAUUGCCUUUCCAAGACAAUGGCUGAGAGGGAGGCCUUUAAACUUGCACAGGAGAAUGGACUAGAUGUUGUUACUCUCUGCCUAAGUAUGGUUUUUGGGCCGUUACUGCAAUCAAACGUGAAUUAUAGCAGCUCAUUGCUCAUUAAUCUUUUGAAAGGAUCCUCUGAGUUAAUAGAGACUUAUCGUAGCGGGGCCUUUGUGGAUGUUAGAGAUGUUGCUGAUGCACUUCUUCUAGUUUAUGAGACGCCUACUGCUUCUGGACGUUAUAUAUGCUCACUAAACCAGACGCAAAAUACUGACUUGAUUGAUAUGUUGAAGAACAUGUAUCCUAGUUUCAAGUACCCUAACAAUAUCCCUGAUAAGAACGAAGCAAAUGAUUUGAGUUCAGAAAAAUUGAAGAAGAUUGGAUGGAAGUGCAGGACACUAAAGGAGACCAUCGAUGAUUCAGUUAAGUACUAUCAAGAAGUUGGACUUUUGAGCUUGGAGUAGAAGAUCAGGUGAUGCCAAUUUAUCAAUAUUGAUCAACUUUAUAAAUAAAGAUGAGAAACCUGCAAUAAUCGAUGAAUUGUGUCAUUUAUUCUUGCUAAAGUUUCAUAAUCUUCUUACUACCUGAAGCUUUCUUUCUUGUAUUGAACAUUUGCCUGAAAUUUUUUCUACUUCUCUUUUUUUCCAAUUAUGAACUGUCAGAUUAUAGAUCAAUAUUGAUUUGAAAUAUGGAAUUCAAAAUUA